CGCGCCCGGGCCGAGCCGGGCCGGGCCGCGCCCGGGAUUGGCUGCGCGGCCGCCUCGUCCCAGAAUGCAGCGCAUGGCGCGUCAUUGAAGAGAGACCAUGAUGGCGGCGGCGGCGGGGGGGGCCCCCGAGGUGAUCGCCCAGCUGGAGAACGCGGCCAAAGUGCUCAUGGCACCACCUUCCAUGGUCAAUAAUGAACAACGCCAACAUGCUGAGCACAUUUUCUUAUCAUUUAGAAAAUCAAAAUCACCAUUUGCUGUUUGCAAACACAUUUUGGAAACUAGUAAAGUGGACUAUGUCCUUUUUCAAGCAGCUACAGCGAUAAUGGAAGCAGUUGUAAGAGAAUGGAUUCUCUUGGAAAAAACUAGCAUCGAGUCACUGCGAACAUUCCUUCUAACCUAUGUCUUACAAAGGCCUAACCUUCAAAAGUAUGUUCGGGAGCAGAUUCUAUUAGCAGUAGCGGUGAUAGUGAAACGGGGAUCAUUAGACAAAUCAAUUGACUGCAAAAGCAUUUUUCAUGAAGUCAGCCAGUUGAUCAGCAGUGGGAACCCCACUGUGCAAACUUUGGCCUGUUCCAUUUUAACGGCGUUAUUGAGCGAAUUCUCAAGUUCAAGUAAAACCAGCAACAUUGGACUAAGCAUGGAGUUCCAUGGUAACUGUAAACGUAUAUUUCAGGAGGACGAUCUGCGGCAGAUCUUCAUGCUCACAGUAGAGGUACUUCAGGAAUUCAGCAGACGGGAAAACCUCAAUGCUCAGAUGUCUUCAGUGUUUCAGCGCUAUCUUGCACUAGCCAAUCAGGUCUUAAGCUGGAACUUCCUUCCUCCAAAUUUGGGCAGACAUUAUAUAGCUAUGUUUGAAUCCUCACAAAAUGUGAUGCUAAAGCCAACAGAAUCCUGGCGCGAGACCCUCCUGGACAGCAGAGUUAUGGAGCUUUUCUUUACAGUACAUCGAAAAAUCAGAGAAGAUACAGAUAUGGCCCAAGAUUCAUUACAGUGUCUGGCACAGCUGGCGUCUCUGCACGGGCCAGUCUUUCCCGAUGAAGGUUCACAAGUUGAUUACCUGGCACACUUCAUUGAGGGAUUACUGAAUACUAUCAAUGGAAUUGAAAUAGAAGACUCUGAAGCAGUGGGAAUUUCCAGUAUUAUCAGCAACCUGAUAACUGUAUUUCCUCGCAAUAUUUUAACUGCCAUUCCAAAUGAACUUUUCUCUUCAUUUGUUAACUGCCUCGCACACCUCACCUGUUCUUUUGGAAGAAGUGCUGCCUUGGAAGAAGUGCUUGACAAAGAUGACAUGGUAUAUAUGGAAGCAUAUGAUAAGUUGCUGGAAUCUUGGCUUACUUUGGUACAAGAUGACAAACAUUUCCAUAAAGGUUUCUUUACCCAACAUGCUGUUCAGGUCUUCAAUUCCUACAUUCAGUGCCACCUAGCUGCUCCUGAUGGUACAAGGAAUUUGACUGCCAAUGGUGUGGCCUCUCGGGAAGAAGAAGAAAUAAGUGAGCUGCAGGAAGAUGACAGAGACCAGUUCUGUGACCAGUUGGCCAGCGUAGGCAUGCUGGGGAGAAUUGCUGCAGAACACUGUAUACCUCUUCUUACAAGUGAAGUUAUGUUGUUGUUAUUUAUCCACAGUUUAUUAGAAGACCGAGUGACAAGGCUCCAUGGUCAGUUGCAAAGACAUCAGCAGCAGUUACUUGCCUCACCAGCGUCAGGCUCAAUUGACAAUAAAGUGCUUGAUGACCUGUAUGAGGAUAUUCAUUGGCUUAUUUUAGUCACAGGCUACCUCUUGGCUAAUGAUACUCAGGGAGAGACUCCGCUAAUACCUCCAGAAGUAAUGGAAUAUUCCAUUAAACAUUCAGCUGAGGUUGACAUCAACACAACACUUCAGAUUCUGGGAUCUCCAGGAGAAAAAGCCUCUUCCAUCCCAGGGUACAACAGAACUGAUUCUGUAAUUAGGUUGUUAUCUGCUAUUUUAAGAGUGUCAGAAGUAGAAUCUAGAGCAAUAAGGGCAAAUCUCACGCACCUCCUGAGCCCUCAGAUGGGCAAAGAUAUUGUAUGGUUCCUCAAGCGUUGGGCAAAGACUUACCUCUUAGUAGAUGAAAAGCUGUACGAUCAGAUAAGUCUGCCAUUUAGUACAGCAUUUGGUGCUGAUACAGAGGGUUCCCAGUGGAUUGUGGGUUACCUUUUAGAAAAAGUGAUCAGUAACCUGGCAGUGUGGAGUUCAGAGCAGGACCUUGCAAAUGAUACUGUACAACUACUAGUAACAUUAGUGGAAAGGAGAGAGCGGGCAAACUUAGUUAUUCAGUGUGAAAACUGGUGGAAUCUAGCUAAACAAUUUGCAAGGCGAAGCCCUCCUCUUCACUAUUUGUCCAGUUCUGUGCAGAGAACACUAAUGAAAGCUUUAGUUUUAGGAGGUUUUGCUCAUAUGGAUACAGAAACAAAGCAACAAUACUGGACAGAGGUUCUUCAGCCACUUCAGCAGAGAUUCUUGAAUGUAAUAAACCAAGAAAACUUCCAGCAGAUCUGUCAGGAGGAGGAAGUGAAACAGGAAAUCACUGCUACAUUGGAAGCGCUCUGUGGCAUUGCUGAGGCUACCCAGAUUGAUAAUGUAGCAAUUCUCUUCAAUUUCCUAAUGGACUUCCUUAAUAAUUGCAUUGGAUUAAUGGAAGUAUAUAAAAACACACCAGAGACUGUUAAUCUCAUAAUAGAAGUUUUUGUUGAAGUUGCACAUAAACAAAUUUGCUAUCUUGGAGAGGCCAAAGCCAUGAACUUGUAUGAGGCCUGCCUAACUCUGCUCCAGGUAUAUUCCAAGAAUAAUCUAGGUCGACAACGGAUAGAUGUUACAGCAGAAGAAGACCAGUACCAGGAUCUCCUUCUUAUUAUGGAGCUUCUUACUAAUCUUCUAUCAAAAGAAUUUAUAGAUUUCAGUGAUACAGAUGAAGUAUUUAGAGGACAUGAACCUGGGCAAGCUACAAAUAGAUCUGUAUCAGCAGCAGAUGUUGUCUUAUAUGGGGUUAAUCUAGUUCUGCCUCUAAUGUCCCAGGAUCUGCUGAAGUUUCCAUCCCUGUGUAAUCAAUAUUACAAAUUAAUCACUUUCAUCUGUGAGAUAUUCCCUGAGAAAAUUCCACAACUUCCAGAGGACCUCUUUAAGAGCCUAAUGUACUCACUGGAGUUAGGGAUGUCAUCAAUGAGUUCAGAGGUUUGCCAGCUCUGCCUGGAGGCUGUAACACCAUUAGCAGAACAGUGUGCAAAAGCACAAGAAACAGAUACAACCCUUUUUCUAGCAACAAGGCACUUUCUUAAGAUGGUCUUUGAUAUGCUGGUACUUCAGAAGCACAAUACAGAAAUGACAACGGCAGCAGGUGAAGCAUUCUACACAUUAGUGUGUUUGCAUCAGGCUGAAUAUUCAGAGCUAGUUGAAACAUUGCUAUCAACUCAACAAGAUCCAGUAAUUUACCAGCGGUUAGCAGAUGCCUUCAACAAGCUUACUGCAAGCAGCACUCCUCCUACACUGGACCGUAAGCAGAAGAUGGCCUUCUUAAAGAGUUUAGAAGAAUUUAUGGCAAAUGUUGGUGGACUUCUCUGUGUAAAAUAAACAACAAAACUCUAUGCCUAAUGUAGACCCUUUCUGCAAAAUGCACUGAGAAAUGCUGAAUGCUGACUAAAUCUUGUACCUGUCUCUGGGUUCUUUGCAGCCAUCUCAGAUUCUAGAGAGCCUGGAAGUUUGAACAUAACACAGUGGAAUAGGAGAGGUCAACUUUGAAUCAGCUUCUGCUAUUAUGUGUUAGCUGCAAUCUGUCAUACUUGUGUGUGGGAGAGAAUGAACAGAAAAUUUGAAUUUAAUUUGUUUUCCAUAUAUGUGCAAACAGAUAUGGGCACAAUGAAAAAUAAAUACAGUGCCUUCCCCCCACCCCCACUGGUUUAAAAUAUGAGUGGCUGGAUAAACGUACAAAUUUCUUUUCUACCCAAAAUCAUGUUAGAGUGUGAUGCAGAUACAUAUAAAGCUCUAAACAGUUUAGCUGAUUUUAAGCUUUAUUUUUCCUCUCUUAAAGUUUGAGUUUGUGUUCCAAUGGGGAAGAAAAACCAAAUGGUGUUUUAACUUCUGUUUAGUUCUGUUUUUCUACAUCACCCUGACAUUGCAUGUUUAAUGCAAUGCAGGUUUUUACAUUAUAUUCUUCUGCCUAAAGUUCAAAAAAAAGGUGUAUAUUUUUGUUCCCCUAAAAUGAACUUUAGGAACUGUAGCCAUUUCAUUGCCUUAAUUUAAAAGAAAAAACACUCAUAUACUUUAGAUAAGAAAUUUAAGGCAAGAUUUGACUCAUCAGAGGUGGUUUAGGAUAUUGGCACUAAGCUGCUGUGUACCUGUUGCAGCCCUUCACGUUGAUGUGUCAUUUUGGAGUGAGUGUCUAAUGCAAGGUUCAUGUGUAGUUUUACUUUCAGUAUCUGUUUUGAUUCAUACCCGGGUUGCACACAACUGCAAUGUAUUUCUACACUGAACUGUUUGCUUAAGCAAUAACAACUCAAAAGGUGUAAAUUACUGGCAAACUUUUUAAAGUUGGGGCAUUAGCUAAAGCAGUUAUGCUAGAACAGGGGUGUCAAACCCUUCUACUCAAGGGUCAUAUUUGUUUGGCUUGAGUCAAGAAAGAUUUGAUUGGGAUGUGUAGUGCUGUGGGGGAUUUUGGGGUUUGCUGAAUCUAGCUUCACUUAUGCAGAGCCCUCCCAGCUGCUCGGCUCUUUCUCAGUUUUUUAUAUCAGCACUUUAGCUAUUAAGACAGCAGAAUAUAGUGCCCUGAAUAUAGUGGACCAACAAGGGAGAGCAGCACACAAAUACAAAAGCAAGGCCUGCUUUGUCUCCAGUCAUGAGCCAGAGGAGACUGAAGCAAACACAAAUUGUUUCCUUCGUGUCUAGUAAACUUGAUUUUUGUGGGAGGACAUGGAGGCAGAAGUGCGCCCUUUUGUUUGAGGCCUCAGCUAGAUUAUGCUGUUGAAUAUUUCUCAUGUGUUUUUAAAAUUUAUAUAAAAUGUACAGUAUACACCUUUAUUUGGCUGUGUAUAGCAUCAUGUUUGCAAUUCUGUGCCAUUCUUCAGCUAUUCAUCUCAGAAUUAGUCACAAUAGCCAGAUUUUGUAAAAGACAUAAAUGUGUAAUACUGUGCUAUAAGUGAUCUAAGGCUUUUUUUCUUUUUUUUUUUUCUUUUUUUUUUUUUUAAUGUCAAAUCCAUACCUGUCUCAAGCAUGGAUCCACAAGGCCAAAAAUGCCAUCUCCUCAUUCUACUUUUCUCUUUUAAUUUAUGUGAAAACUGGGCUAGGGCAGAUUUACACAUUAAAAAGUGACCAUAAAACUUGCUAUAUAAUGUAUUUCCCCUGCUAGUAUUUUAUUUCGAAGAUGAUUUGUGUAGUGUUUUAGGACAGGGGUAUGGCUCUCAAUUUUUUCUUGAAACUCUAAUGCUUUCCUUUAAAAGAUUUCUUGACUGUGCACUCGCACAAAAGGUGAUGAUCCUGGCAGAUCCUUCUGGUUUUAAACUGUUCUGGUGGCUGAUUUUUUUUUAAUCUGGGUUCUGCUAUGUUUUGAAACUGCUUCUGGAGCUUCUCUGAGUUUGUACAUUGGAUAGGGCAGCAGUUCAGAAACCUUGGGUUUUUUCAGGUGAAGAGCAUUAAAGCCUGGGAAUAUAAGUGGCAGUAGUGGCUGCUAGUUUGUCAUGAUUUGCUCAAUGUCACAUGUCUAGCCCAAAGUCUUCAAAGAUAUCAGAGUAAAUACCUUCAGAUUUUUUUUUAUUUGACUGCAUAACUGAUAAACUCAACUAUUAUUUCUUUUAUAACUAGUUCUGUCAUUAUCAAUUUUUUAAUCCUAAAGUUGGCUCGCUAUUUAAAAAAUAUUUAUUAACUUUAAAAAUUUGAAAUCUUCUUGCAUAUUGUGAUUGAUGAAUGGGAGCACAAGUUGAGUUAGCAUCCAGGACAAAGGAAUGUGCAUACCCAUUACUUCUCAUAUAAAGCCCAUCGUGUUAUGACAAGCAGAGCCGCGCGGCAUGUUUUGACUAUCGAGACUUGUUAAAGUAUGAAUGCUGACUUUCAAAAACUAGUUUUGAAGGUUGCUUUAAACUUUCCUUUGCCCUUCAUUUAAAAUUAAUAUUACAUGUUAAAGGGAAACUGUCCUGGUAAGGGUUGUUUUUGUAAUUUUCCUGUUUGAUGUUAUGUUAGAUAAUAUUCUUCCUUUCUUGUCUCUUAAUAUUUCUUCUGUUCUCAUAUAUUCAACAGGGAUCUUUCCAUGCCAUUUUGUUUCUUCUAGAGCAAAUGCUAAGAUGUCUCUGCUUAAUGACAUCCAUGAAAUUGUUGCAGAAGGCUCUGGGAAUAUAUUUUAUUAAUUAAUAUUUCUGCUGGAGAGGUGGCUGCUUCUACCUGGACUAAGGGACUUUUAUAUCCCUUACAGAAAAAAAAAAAAAAAAAGAAAAAAAUUACUUCUACAUGCCCAGCUGUAAGUUGAGAUGCAAAAGCUCAUUCAAGUCCAUAGGAAAUACUCAUAGACCAUUUUUAGUGAACAUUGAGAUUUGGCUUCAUGGAAGUGUUCUGAAAUUUUUAUAGCAUCACUGCAUUGGUUUUUCCAUUCACUGUACAAAGUGAAGAAUGGUUCUAAAAAUGCACCUGGUUUUGAAGGGAAAAAAAAAAAAGGGCAACUCAAACUGAAUUGUAAAUGCUGCAUGAUACAGUUGUAACAAAUUGUUACAAAUUGUAACAUACAUUUGUCUAGAAUUUUUUUGGUUUUUUGGUUUUUUGCUAAAACACAUUGCUCCAGUGUUUCCAUUCUGAGACUAGAAAUCAAGUAGCUUCUUUUUUUGCCAGCUCCUUCCCCAUUGUAAUAGCUAGAUCCAAUGCUGGUGUAACAAUUUUCUGUUGUUCAACUUAGUAAUGUUUGCUGUUGGCAAGCAUGAACCGUUGGGUUGGGUCAUGAAAUUCAAGACCUUCUUGAAAGCACAGAUACACGUGGACCGGGAGAAGUUGGCUACUACACAAAACUUCCAUGUGCAUUUAUGCCUUAAGUAUCUUCACUGAAUUACUGCUGGAAUCUGCUAACUAUUGCCCAGAGGUUUGUGUUUCACUGUUUAGUGAUAAAGGGCUCACCAUUUUCCUCAGGAACGAGAAACUUGUUCUCUCAGUGUGUCCAAAUCCAAGUAGUUGAAAGAGAGGGGUUUGAAUCAGUCAUCUCUUUGAUAGUGUGUAGCACUCGCUAAAGCCCCAGUGUUUACUUGGGUAAAUCCCUUUAAGCCAUGUAGUUCUAGAAAAUAAGCUUGCUCAGAGCAGUCCGUUGUCCAUUUAAAAUCUAAUUCUUUAAAAGGUAAAGCAAAUUCUAAUUUGUGAUCUGUAAAAAAUACAACUAGCAGCAUUUUUCUUGUAAAACACUUCAAGUAAUUUCAGUUUUGGUUAAAUACAUACAAAGGGGUGUUUUUUAUGGAAGUAGCUUGAUGAAUAUAAGCGCAGGAGUAGGAGCCAGGCUCCUCUAAUUUUGUAUGUUUUUCCACUGGAUCCUCUGUGGCCAUUUUGGCAAGUUGCUAGAACUGUCAUUGUUACAAUAGUGGUAAUACCUACCUACCUCACAGGGAUGUUGUGAGGAUUAGCUUAUGCCUAUAAAAUGCAUUGAGGAUCUGAGAUGCUAUGUAAAUAUUAAAUAUUUUAAUUUUAGUUUUGUGAGGUGUAAGAUUUACUGUAACGAAAACAGAAGAUUUUCAUACUUACAAAGCCCCGUAGAGGCAGCAGUGGUGCAGUAUUGCCCAGGACUGGUCUACUGCAGUACAGUAAUGCUUACUGUAAAUUGUAGUUAUUUCAAUUACAGCUGAUUGAAAUGGUGGCUUCUUAAAUAAGAUUCCCCACCAGUGUCCCUCAGUUCUGGUCUACAUAGUGAGAGGACAGUUGUUGUUCAGGCUUUGGUGCCUCUACUUGUGACAAGUGCCACUUGUGGUGGUAGGUUUUUUGUUUAAUUUGGUUUAUUUUUUUACAUUUUUCUGCAAAGAGCCACUCAUUUCUCCCAUAUCUGUUCCAGUCGCUCAGUAUAACCAAAGCCUAAUGAUAACAAUUAAAAAGUAAAGAGCCAGCUCUGUCCCCCCAUCAGUUUGCUUUUAAUACGAGUAGAUAGUGCCCUCUUUGCAGUAAAUGAGAUUAAUGCUUUCUAGCACUAAUCAGGAAGCAAAUCAUGAAGUGUGAUUUGCUUUAGAGCCUUAAGCUCUUGGCUGUCUUACAAAACCCUUUUUUAAGUACGAGAUUUCUUGGGGCCCUAGCAAUGGAGAAAUAAGAUAUCCCUGGCUUUCCCUUCUCCUCAGUGAAUUGAAGUAGAUUCUGCUUUUCCAUUUCUUCCCUUUCCCUAUGCUGCUUUUUCUGUCCGUUUAAGCCAUUCUUAUAAAAGAUUUGGAAGACUUCCAACCUCAAGGGAAAGAUACUACUUGUGAUUUUCCAGUCUAUUACAGCUUGAUACUUGAAAUUGAUAAAGUCCUUCCUAAUAGCAUUCCCCGGCACAUUUCAAUCUCCCGUUGAACCAUACUAGAGUUUAUAAUCGGGAAAAAAAUAUUAUCCUCUUUUAUUUGUUCCCGUUGGUCAAAAUAAGGAACCUUCGUGCGGUGAACAUGCAGUUUUAAGGCAAUAAAUGCUAGUACUGCUGUUGGUCAAGUGUGUAAAUAUUUUAAAUGUAUAAUUCAGUACUAUGUUGAGUUUAUAUAUUAAAAAUGCAGGGAUUGAAGUGCUAGUUGAUUUCAAGCGUUGUUUUACCUAUACAGUUGGAGAUAUGAAGUUGCAUAGAAAUAUUUCACAAUUUGUUGCAAUAAGACUUGGGCAAUGGCUGUGUGAUCAAGCCUUAACACAACUGAAUUUUCCAUUUUGAAAUGAACACUUUGUGUAUCUUUAAGAUCCAUAAGCAGGAGGAGGAUAAAAUUGUUUUCCACUAAAGACUUUUAUUAUUUUGUUUUG